AGGUAUAAGCUAGGGGCUCCGAUACUGAAAAGGUCCGGUUUUACUCUGUGCAAGUUGACAGGUCAAGUAAUGAAUUUAAAAUCGUGUGACGGCACUUUUCAUCACAACCUUGCCUAAAACCCCAAUUAACUCCAUUCGAAAAUAUUCAAUUUCGUUCCUUUGAGGUGGACAAAAAGUGUUGGAGUCCAGCAAACAGCAACUUUCUCUCUCUAUAAGCUUCCGCCACACGUCUCCGAGUGCCAUUAACAGUUAUUUCCCAUGUCUGAAUGCACCUCAGCGCGUGGGAACUCCGAGCUUGUGGAGUUAUUCUACCCUGGAAGGGUGUCUUCGGCCAUGCGGCGCUAUGUGGACGAUGGAGUGGGGGCACGAAUUCGGUUCAUUCCCACGCUCUAUCGGAAUGUAUACCACUGAAACACCGAUCAUUCUCUAUAGUCACCUUAGUGACCUCCCUUCGGGUUGGACUUCGGAAAUAUCGACAGUCGAAAGAAGUCACCCUCCGAGAGAAAUACUCAAGUUUUCGUGCUAGUAGUGCACACUAUUCGACAAAAAUUUUGCAAUUUUUUGGAUUUGUUUACACUUUUUUGGCGGGACGAAGGAAGGCAAUCCGACUUUGAAGGAGUGUAACAAUAUGCCCAUAAGUGAAGACGAGUACGAGAUUCGACCUUCCCAAGAAUCAGUCACAAUGUCGAAAGCCGAACUACGAAAAACGCACAAACCCAUAAUGGAGAAGCGCAGAAGAGCCAGAAUUAACCACUGUUUGAACGAAAUCAAAACCCUUAUCUUGGAAGCAAUGAACAAAGACCCGGCAAGACACUCAAAACUUGAAAAAGCCGAUAUCUUGGAAAUGGCCGUGAAACACCUCCAAAACGUCCAACGCCAACAACUAGCCGUUGCAAUGGCAUCCGACCCUUCCGUUUUACGAAAAUUCAAGUCAGGUUUCAACGAAUGUGCCAACGAAAUCGACCGUUUCGUCUCACAAUCCGAAGUUGACGACGGCCUCAAAGACCGGAUGCGAUCCCACUUGCAAAAAUGCAUCAACGGGAUCGACCAUGUUGCCCAUUUCAACUUCCCCAACUUUCCAAAUUUACCGUUCACUUCAACUUCAAACGUACCUUCUUCAAGUAUCGGUGACCAAAACAAUAACGCAAGAGUGCAAAUACCACAAAGCAUCCAAUUGAUACCAAGCCGACUUCCAAGCGGGGAAAUCGCCUUGCUUUUACCCAACUCGAGUAACUUACCAUUUUUGCAACAAAGAGAACGACCAAGUGCUUUCGUAACUGUGAUACCGUCAUCUUCAUCAACUUCGGUAAGUCCUCCGGCAAGCCCCAAGGGGUUCCGUCCAGUGCAACCAACAACCUACCACGAACAACCCCAAGUGCCCCAAGUGUCUUCCACUUCGAUUCCUCCAGCAAUGGAAGUCAAAAGUAUGAAAUUCCCGAUUCAUCAACGCAUUAUCAGUCCGAAAAAAACGAUAGAGCCUUUGUGUAUUAUAACAAAUCAGUCGGAGCGCUUCAAACAGGCGCAAACUCGCGAAGAUGGCGCCGAUUUUGAGGAGAAUCGCACUCAAGGAGUGAAGAGAAAAUAUGCCGAAAUGACUCAAGGUUUGCUCACUGUGGCCGAAUAUCCGGCUACUAAAAUAAUUAAAACGGAAUCAGCGACGAGUACGACAGAGGCCACAGCGUCCACUUCUCGGGAGUCGAAUCCUCCAGGGGAUGGGAACAGUGAUAUGUGGAGGCCGUGGUAGCGAGUUACUCUGUGAUUUGAUUCAAAGCUUUAAUGUGAUGAGAGACGAGUUGAACUAUUUUUACGUUAAGUGUGUUUCUAGAUUUAAGGUUUGACUGAAUUUACGAGAUUUAUGUGUUAAGUUUUUCGCAAUUUUCCGAAUAAUAAAUGCUUAGAAAACGUU